GCAUCUCCUGGCCCUGCGCAUCCUGGAGGAGGGCGCUGGUGCGAGAAACGCCCGACUUGUCCGUCCCAGCCCCGGGGACCGUCCCUUGGGCUAGGCCAGACCAGCGCAGAGGGGGAGGUCUGGCACACACAGCAGCGCCGCGGCAGGUGUCCGGUCUCCAAGCUCCAGUGCAGCCCCAGAAAGCCCUCCGGGCUCAGCACUGCAGCCAUCUUCGGGGUGGAGGCGGAGAAGGGGCGCGGCCUUGGCCCGGAGCCGCCCCGCCCGAGCCGCGCACCGCGGACUUCCCUUGCUCCGGCGGCGCCCGGCCGCGCAGAGGCCGCCAUGGGCUGUGCGCGCUGGCUCGCGCUGGGCGGCCUCUUGGCCCUGGCGGGGCUGCUGCAGGCCCGGCUGCUGCUCCCGCAGCAAGCGGGCUUCGGGGAGUGCGACCGCUUCUUCUACGCGGGGACCCCGCCCGCUGGGCUGGGGACCGAGGCGCACGUGAGGAUCUGUCAACGCUUCGCGGGCUCCGAGCGCUUCGCCACUCUGUACAGCCCGGGCCACCGCAUCCCCGUGUUCUCCGCGUUUUGCGCUGCGCGCCCCGCGCCCCGCAGCGCCGAGCAGCGCGGGCUGCUGGAGCCUCAGAUUGACGACCCUGACAGCAACCUUGAGGAGGUAAUUGAUGAGGCUGAUUCUGCCAUCUCUGUGAACAAUCUGGGAAGCAAGCAAGCCUUGAAUGCAGACUACCUUGACUCUGACUAUGAAAUCGGACAGCUGUACCCAUUUCCCCUUAAUGAUGACCUCCAGAUGUCCACAUUCCCACUUACAAAUUCAGUUCCAAUGACCCAGUCUUUCCGGGAACGAUGGCAUAUGAAUCUCAACAGCCUCAUGGACGGAGCCUUGAUCCCACACUGUAACGAUGGCAAAGACCUGUAUAUCAUCACAGGUGCCGUCCCCUCAGACAACAGACUUAAGGGCAAAGUGGCUAUCCCUGAAUUUGUCUGGCUAGCAGCCUGCUGUGCUGUCCCUGGCGGAGGCUGGGCCAUGGGCUUCAUCAAGCACACCAAGGACAGUGAUGUCAUAGAAGACGUGAUGGUAAGAGACCUUGAGAAGCUGCUUCCCCAUAACCCUCAGCUGUUCCGGGACAACUGUGGUGAGACGGAGCAAGACACAGAGAAGAUGAAGAAGAUUCUAGAAGUGGUCAACCAAGUCCAAGAUGAGGAGCGAUCUCUUCAGUCUCAAAAGAGUAUGAGUCCCCUUGCCAGCACCCAAACCAAGAGAUCUGCCCUGCUGCCCCCAGAAGCACCACAGGAGGGAGGUGGCAGCUUUCUGGGAAAAGUCCUGGGUUUCCUCGCUACCCCGUUCAUCAAGCUUUUCCAGUUAAUUUAUUAUCUUGUGAUAGCAGUCUUAAGGAACAUAGUCCAUCUCCUUUGGUUUAUUGCAAAGCAGGUGAUAAAUGGCAUCGAGGGUUGCCUGUAUCGUCUGGGCUCAGCCACUGUCUCAUACUUCAUGGCCAUUGGACAAGAGUUGGUGGGCAUUCCCUGGAAAGGGCUCAAGGUCGUGGGCAAAGUCAUCAGGGCCCUCCUGCGGAUCCUCUGCUGCGUGCUGAAGGCUGUCUGUCGAGCUCUGAGCAUCCCUCUCUGGGUCCUUGUGGAUGUAGCCACUUUCCCGGUGUACACCGUGGGGGCCAUUCCCAUUGUGUGCAAGGACAUUGCUGCGGGCCUGGGCGGCACCCUCUCCCUCCUUUUUGACACUGCUUUUGGCACCAUGGGUGGCCUGUUUCAGGUGGUUUUUAGUGUCUUCAAGCGGAUUGGCUACAAGGUUACUUCUGACAAUUCUGGGGAGUUAUAGAACUCAAAAACCUAGUAGUGUCCACUGUGGUGAGUUUUGUUAUUUUUUUAGUAGAGAGAGCUAGAAUAUUCUGUUUUAUUUUACAGAGGGGUUUCUGUUCUCUGUCAGCUUUUGUGUUAUGACCACCUGGCGGGUGGGUGUCUUUUUCUGCAAAGGAGAGUGCAGCACGAUUUAGACUCGAUCUAAGAGAUAUCUUCAGGGCAGUUCGGAGUCAUGGUCCCUCUGCACCUGUAGCUACACAUGCGGGCUUCCAUACGUCUGUUAAUGUUAGCACUGUGCUCCGACCCACAGCGGAACACCGGAGAUAACCCAGGCUUGUUAUGAAAAUUAAAAAGGAUGAGGGAGAGGAUGACAUUAAAUGUGAGAAAUCGUAUCUUGUGCCCCUCAUUACCCUUAGAGGUUUAAGGCAAACUAGAGCUGGAUAUUGUUGUGUGGUCUCUUCCCCUCUGACCCAGCCAACCCUGGUGCUGAGCCAGUGACUGCUCUGUUGAAAUCUAUCCCUGAUAGAGGCAGCAUCUGCUGUAGCUCUGACCUUUACCUGGGUCUUGAGGGCUUGUCUGAUUUUUAUUUUCUCCCAAAGUUGAAUUCUGCUAGGUCACAGUAAGCAUUUUAUGCCAAAAAAUGGCAUAACGAAAUUUUAAUGCAACCCUGACUGGGGUAAAUCUGGUCCCUCCAGGUGUGAAGAGAGCGGAAAGGUGACAGCAUUAGGUCAGUGCUGUGUGUCCAAGGGCAUCCUUAGGGAGGCUUUGACUGAAUUAGGGUAAAUCACUGGUUGACAACAUUAAACACAGAGAUCUGCAUGUUACUCUAACAGGAAACCUCCCAUUUUGCACACCUAAUGCGUCAGGUGACUACUCGAUACCAUAAAGCAGUCUGAUUUCCCUCCCAAGAUAAUUAUUUGUUAUAACUAUCUAGGUAAUAGACAAAAUGAAAAAUAUUCUGGUCGUCUUGGGUAGAAAUAUAUGUAUGUACAUAUUUAAGAAUUAUCUCUUAGAACAUUAUUUUUGUAGUGUGUUUGAGGCUAAAGAAUAUAAGUCCUUCAUUAAUGCAAGUUAAAUUUGAGAGCUUACUUCUGGGUUUGAUCAAUCACUUAUAAUUUUAAAUCUUGCACUAAAAAUUGUAACAGAAGGAACCAAUCUUGCUUCGUGAGAACCAAACAUUCCCACAGUGGGAAUGGAUUGUCUAGUAUUUUUUUUUUUCUUAGAGUUCCAAAGAGUUGCUGUGAAGGAGAAAGGGGCCGAGUGUGGAUUUAACUUGGGGAUGUAGCCCACGGUUGGCUGGAAGUCAGCUGUAAAGACUAGGAGUCUAGAAAGAAGGCAAAGAGGGGCAGUAUGUCAGCUGUUCCGGGGGCGGGCUGGCUUACGAGAGUGUGAAUGUAGCAGGAGUUGUGCAGAAAAAGAUUUGAAUUGCACCAGAGUGGACUAGCAGCCAUAAGCUUCCGUGUAGCCACGACUAGGAGUCUGGACAGCAGACUGGCCCUCGCUCGGCUAAAUGCACACUGUUUAUCAAGACUCAUCAGUAUUUGUCAUGAGUUGUCUCUCUGUAAAUGGGAGUGUGGGGGCUCACCUUGACACUGAUGGAUCAGAACAGGGACUCUCAGAAGUGGCAAGAUUAACAGUCCAGCCAAAACCUCAUUUGUUUAUGACCCAGAGGCACAAGGAGCUGUGGUUUGACCUUGUUUGCAGGGCUAACUGGGAACAGGUCAUGAUGAGCUAAGAUACCCCAUCACACCGGGUUGUGCCUCCCCCGGGUAUAAGUAGGAUUCUAUCACCUAUCAAAGACUACGGGAUUUGGCAUGGUUUCAGUGAAAAUUUGCAUUCUGAGAGGCCCUGGGAGGGCACCCAUUGUGCCCAAACCCCUCUUAGGAGAUCACUUGUAAAUGCCCCGCCCCAUAGUAUUCGGCUCUCUGGUUAUUUAUUUUUGUGUUGGCUUUUAUUUUAAUAUGGGAAAGGAUAGUUAAGACAAAAUAUAUUGUUCAUGUUAGAGGGCUGAGACCCUUUAUUCUGGAGUUUCUUGUUGGCAGGGUCUCCGGGUCGCUGGAACCAGCUGCAUUUGUUUCUGACGUCCUACCAGAUCUCUUGGCUGCUGGCCCAUUCACAGAAGGCUACUCGGGACUCCGAGGUGGGAGUCCUGUCUUCAGCUUGGAGAUCUCGCUGUGGCUUCAUUCCGUUCUCAGGCCUUUGAAGAAGCUGGCCAACUCUGUCAUUCCUGGAGCUGUUUUUUCUAGUCUGUGUCAGCCAUGUUCUUUGAUGCACCCAUUUUCCUUUGUGCCUUUUCCACCUAAUGCAAACUAGGGGAUGAAAGGAACCAAAAUGAAGCAUUCCCUCGCCUUCAUUCGCCUGUCUAUCUAGCAAACGUAUAUUUGGUCAUAAAGGUUGCAGAGAUGGGAAGGGCUUCAUCUAUGAGGAGUUUCCAGUAUGGUGGGAAAAACACACGGUACAGGGCAUGCUGCAAUGCAUCAUGGCAAGAACCACGCUGCGGGCAUUUGCCCUGUUUCCUGCGGCACCGGAAGAAAGCCUGCAAGGUCAGGGAAGUGACGGACACCUUUACAGAGGGUGAGACAGAGCCACAUUGACCAUUGCUAUGUACAAUGCUGUGCACCUUGCAGAUGCUCAAUAAAGUCACUGCUGACAA